AUGGUGGCUUUGCAGCUCGCCCUCACCAUGGAGGUGCCAGCGGCCGGGCUCGGCAGUGCCAUGGGGCAGGUGUGGCUCUGCCUCCUCUCCCUCCUCACCGACCUGACCUGGCCCCACAGCCUCUUCUCUUACACCCCCAAGGUGCAGGACAAUGAGACCCUCCUCUUCAAGCCCAAGCCGGGCAAGUUCAUCACCUUCCGCAUGCACCAGAGCAUCGCGGUGAGAGAUCACAUCUGUGCCAGCUGGGAGUCCACCACCAGCAUCAUCUGCUUUUGGUUCAACGGGAAGCCCUGGCCCCGCAAGGGGCUGCAGAGGGGCUACACAGUGGGGGCGGAGGCGACCAUCCUGCUGGGGCGGGAGCAGGAGGCCUUUGGGGGCAGCUGUGACACCCGGCAGUCCUUCACGGGGGAAAUCUCAUCCUUGUACAUGUGGGACACAGGGAUCUCCACCUCGGGGGUGAGGGCAGCCCCACAAAACAGCCCCACCAAAGACCCCAUCUUUGGCUGGAGAAACUUCCCCUACAAGAUCAUGGGUGAGGGGUACCUGAAGCCCUGAUGCCUGGUGUACAGC